ACGUUUCCGCUCGACGCGUGCCGCUCUUCCCGCGGCCCCUCGCGCUCACAGAGGAGCCCCGCAGCCGGCCGAACUCCCGACGCACAGAUGGCCGCGCCCGUGCGCAGGACCCUGCUGCCUCUGCUGCUCGCAGCCUCGGCGCUGCUCGCGGGCCUCAGCUUCGUGGCGCCGCCCCGCGCGGGCCCCGCGCGCACGGCGGGCGCUGCGGCGGCCGGCGCCGCCGCGGGCGUGCCCGCGGCGGCGCUCGCGGCGCCCACCCUCGGCGGAGAGGGCGGCGCGCUGGGAGUGGACUUCCUCUCCUGGACCGUCGUCUGGAUCCUGGUCGCCCUCGCCCCGUUCGGCGUCAUCUUCGCGGGGGCGUUCUUCAGCGCCUUCCUGCCCCGCGCGGAGACGAUGCUGGACGUGAAGGCCAGGCCCGGCUACAAGAAGCGGGAGUUCCGCCAGCCCGGCCAGGCCAACCCCACGGACGACAAGGCCCCGCCGGACGGCAACAAGUUCAUGCCCAAGAUCAACACGGCCAGCAUCAUCACGAACUGA